AUGCUUGGGGAAACCGCGGCAUUGCUGCAAUGUGAAGAGGGCUGUCGCAGUUGCUGCGCGGCAGAGGGAUCCCAGGAGUCUGAGCGUGACAACACCGGAGGAGACCCGACGAGCCUUUGCACAUGGACAUGGGCAUCGAGUCUCGGAGAAUGGGCAUCCAGAAGAGCCUCCGAAUUUCAAACGUGGACGUCUGAGCUGUUUAGUUGGGCGUCCAAGGAGGUGCAGCCCUACCUCGAGUUGGUGUGGAAGUGUUGCAUCUUCUACCUGGACUUGGCUUUAGACGUGCAAGCGAUUGUCUUCUUCAUGAGCUCUCAUGAAUUUCAGUUUGGACUUGUGAAUCUGCUUGGUAUCUUGCUCUCCAAUGUGUACACCUUUAUUGACAUGCGGCUGGUUGUGGAUACUGCAGGAGCAGAGGCGUCGGAAGCUCUCACAGCGGGGUACCUCGUGCCUUUCAAUUUGCACUACCUGUAUCUCACUGGAGUGACCUGGGCGUCCUGGCGUAGAGAGGCACCUCUGGUGAAAGGGAAGCAUCCGCUUCUUCAUUGCAGCAGGUUGGCGGAAGCCUUGAUGGAAGCGUCCAUCUCUUCUCUGGUGCAGUCGUAUGCUCUUGCCCACCAUGAGAUCUCGCAAAAGACGGCCUACUUCAACUUCACGCAAGAGCAGAUCGUCUACUUCUCCUUGGCAUUCUCCUUUGGCAACAUGGGUUUUGCUUUGAUGGGCUUCGACUCUGCAGAGGGGCUGCAUCACCUGCCAGGCACAAGCAGAAGCUAUGCCGUGAAACUUCUGGUGCUCGUGAUGCGGGUGGCAGAGGUUAGCUCCAGGAUCACCAGCAUCGCUUUGUUCAGCGUUUGCACGCGCGGCUGGAUUCCCCUUCAGUUUGCGGACAGCUGGCCGCAGCCUCUACAGUUUCUGUGCAAGAGCUUCCUUCUGACCGCAGGCCCUUGUUUGGUUCUGAUGGACUUCCUGGUGCUUAUCGUCUGGAUUUGGGCGAGCGGUGGUGACGUCGCGAAAGCCUUUCUCAGUGUGCUGUGCUGCAUGAACCCCCUGUUGGAGAAGGGCAAUCCCUUCACAGUGCAGGUGGAUUUGUACUAUGCAAUGCGGCUUGUGGAAUUUCUUCUUGCAGCUGUCGGUGUGUAUUGUUGGGUGGCCGACACGGAACAUGUGGUUAAAGCUCUUGAGGGAAACCUUCUGCUACUGCGUGUUUGCUUGGCUUCCACGCUCCUUUCAUUCCUUCUACUUCCCAUUGUGCGCUACUUGGCAGAGCCGGCCCUCUUGCAAGAGGAGAUCUUGACCGAGUGGAGUGCGAAGCCCUUUUUGGAGCCUCAGAAGCGUCUCCUGAAAGCCUUGAUCUGCUCCAACCCUGACGACCUCCGACAGAAGGUGAAGGCAGUCAUCAGCAAGUCGAGCAAAUUGGCGGGUACAGAUGAAGCUAGCUUGGGGUCUUUCUUCCAAACCUGCGUGAAUCUCAAGGGGAGCCUCUCAGAUCUAAAAGGCCGCCGAUUUCUGUUAGGGCAGUUGGAGCAAGUCUUGCAGGAAAGGAAAAAGAUGCUUGCGGAGCCAAAGCAUUUGCAGUGUGUGCUUGAAAUCUUGGCGACACCGACACCCAAAGAAGAGGGGAAACCCCACGAUAACACCACGGCGCAGAUUGGCGAAGACUCUCAACUCAAUCUAGAGUUCGCAGCCGCGGAGGAGUUGCUCUUGGCGACACCGACACCCAAAGAAGAGGGGAACCCCCAGGAUAACACCACGGCGCAGAUUGGCGCAGACUCUCAAAUCAAUCCAAAGUUCGCAGCCAAGGAGGAGUUGCAGUUGCAGCAGCUUCGGCUUGAGAUCCUCCUGAAACUAGGCCAUGCCUACUGGAAAGGUCGGGGCGGCAAGAAUCCAGAAGACUUCAAGAAACUGCUUAAAGCAAUCGACACCACCGAGCUUCUCACCAAGUCGCAGGAUGCCGAGUUUGACAAGAACGUGAAGAAGUUGAUUGAGAUGUGGAACAGCAAGUUCGAUGCUGAGGACUUCGAGCAGUAUUGCAAGGCAGAUAUCAGUGGAAGACACUGGGAAGCCAUGACUGCUUGGUUCACAGACAAGGCGAAGGAGAGAGAUUUCGGGAGCGAGAAGGGCUUUCUGAAGAAGGAGGCUGAUUUUCUGAAGCUGGCUGGCAUAGUCAGCAAGGCCGCUCAGGUCGAGAAGCCAUUAGAAGUGAAGUUUCCCGACCUCCAGCUUGCCAAGGACGCGGUUCUGACUCAGAUUCAAAGCACGCAGUGUGGCAGCGACGGUGGCUGGCAGGAGCUUGAUGGCGUAGUUACCGAGGUCAAGAAGUUUGCUUGGAUUUCGGGCAAGGAGCUCACCAUUCAAAAGGCCGAGCAAGACAUCGAGAGCAGCAAGCAGAACGAAGAGGUGAAGAGGAAAGUCUCAGAGAAAAAGAGGGCAAACAUGCAGGAGCAGCAUGUCAAGCUUCAAGCAGACAACGAACAGUUGCAGAAAGAGAAGCAAAAGCUGCAAGAAGAGUACGACAACAUGAGGAAGCAGAACUCACUAUUGAAGAAAGGCAACAUGCAGGAGAAUCACAUCGGGCCGACGGGGGACCAGAAGAGUUCCCAACCCAAAGCUACGAAGGACAUCAGACCUGUGCCUAUCAAGGGCAUAACUGAAGGCCGUUAA